UCAAGACAUGAGAGCUAACAAUGGUUACUAUGUAAGGCAGACGAGCGGCGCCACAACACACACACUGUAGUACACAAACACUCUGCUGAACCAUUGUUAAUACAGGUCCACCUUUUCUCUCCAUUCAUCCCCCCUCAGUGUUGAUAUACAGUUCCUUCGUCAGCGCCUUGGUCGAGUUGCCUUACAAGUUCAUUGGAAAUUCUAUACCUCCACGACCUAUGUACAGUACACUCUAUUACUGAAUAAAGAUCAAUCAGUCAGUCAGUCAGUCAAGAAUGAAUUAGUUAUAUUAAUGUAAUUUGCGUUAGUUGAGUGUUAUACAGAGUAAGGAUAUAUAUAUUGAACCAUUGGAAAGACUACACAAUGACUCGAGAAGUUUAAAGGUGCAAGUUGUUUAUAUAGUUGUGUUGGGAACAGUCAGGUGUGUGUGUGUGUGUGUGUGUGGAACAGCAGGAGUAGAAGGGUAAGCCACUUGGUCCAGAUCAAUGUGAGAGUAGUUUAUCACUCCACGAGGUACUGACAAUUGCUGACUGCUAGCUGACGAAGGCUGACUCCACCAUAAACACCAUUGCCUCCACCACCACUACUGUACCUCUUCUUUCACUAAUGCCCCCACCACCUCCUCCUCUUCCACCACCACUACCAUUAUCUCCAUCACUAUUACCACCACCAUCUCCACCACUACUUCCUCCACCACCAUUCUUUUCAUCGUCUGGCUCCAAGUGAAAUAAUCCUAACCUAACCUAAACGUGAUCGGGCUGUCUGCGGUUUUAUUUUGGGGAUAUAUAAAUUUACUGUAAUUAUUUUAAAAUCCUUGUAUUAUUAUUAUUGUUGCGAUAUGAUUCUUGAAACAAAAACGAAACAAAUUAUAACUUAACUUUACUGAAGUCACAGCUGGACAUCAGAACAGUUUCCUCUGGGAUUCGUGACGUCAGGUUACCAUGGUUACAGCGUCCCUCAAACAAACAUGGCGACGAAGAUCACCAAGUGGACGCGGGAACGAGGAGGCAGGAAAGAUUUCGUAGAUCCUACUCGCCGGAGCCACCAGCGCCUCAAAAUCCACCUCACGGGCCAAGAUACUGUCAAGAUGAGGGAGUUAGCCAAGUGGAAAGAGAAAGACAACUCGGAAAAUAAACAGGAACGAGAAGAAAAGCGAGAGGACAGGGAAGACAGGGUGAUCCGGAAGAGGAUUGAAAAACUCCGUGCACAGCUUCAUGACGUCACACUUCACGAGGAGAAGCAGCAGCGGAGAGAGUCCCGGCAGCAGGAGAGGGAGGAGGUCCCUCGCCGGGGUGUGGAAGAGCUGCGUCGUGAGGCUGACAAGGGGAAAGCGGCGCUGGUGAGGGUCCGAACUUACAUCCCCACUGUGCCUGCCCCGACCACACCCAAACAACGGGCACGGACGAUACAUGCCAAGGUGCUGGAGCAGAGAGCCGUACAGGUGAAGGAGAAGAGAGAGAGAGUGAGGCAACGACAGGAGGAUGAUGACUAUUGGGCCAAGGUCGUCAUUAAGAACCAAGAGCGUUUCAAGGACGACCAGUGGUACGAACACCUCCAGAAGAUAGAGAAAAAAGACAAACUGAGGAAGGAGCUGGAUAGACUGUGUGAGGAGAGGGAGGCGAGACGGGCAGAGGAGAGAGCCGAGCUGCAGCGCCUUCGUCAGGAGGUGGAAGUUAGCGACCAAGUAUACCUCCACUACCACCAACACCUCGACAGACAGGCCGCCCAAGAGAAGAUAAGGAAGCGAGAGGAACUGCUAAAUCAGAUCGAGAAAGUGAGGACCACCAGGCAGCAGGAGGCGAUGAAGGAGGACGAGCAGAAAGAGGGAGAUCUGAGGUACUCGGCGGUGAGGAGAGCCUAUGCCAGGAGAAUCAAACAGAGGAUCCUGGACAAGAUGCAGGGGAAGAGGACGACGGUGGUGCCUGGCGAACCCGAGGAGACGUAAAACGAACCCGAGGAGACGUAAAACGAACCCGAGGAGACGUAAAACGAACCCGAGGAGACAUAAAACGAAUCCACAGAGACGUAAAACGAAUCCAAGGAAUAAAAAAAAUUAAAUAAACAGAAUAAACAGACGAUUGGUAAAACAUAAACGAAGACAAAACGAUGAGACAGACAGGCUGGAAUCUAACAGGAGAAGGAUCCAUCUAACCUCGGAGCAUUUUAUUGUUUCACCAUUAAAUACUGUCUGUCACCCAUUAGGAAGAUACAUGACACUUCAUCUUCCUUUUCCCCUCCCCCCCCCUCCUUUAACUCCCCCCCUCUCUCUUCUCCCCUCCCCUCUCGCUCCUCUCCCCCCUCCUCUCUCUUUCAUCUUCUCCUCCCCCGUCACUCAUAUGCAUUCUCCCCUGGGCUGAUGACACUCUCCUGAAAGACGUCAUAACAUUAACACACACACACACACACACACACACACACGCACACACACACACACACAUACAUACAGUACAGCAGGCGUUUUGUAAGCUUCCCUGAACAUGUGAUGGGGGCGUUAGAAUGGUUCUAUUUUGUACUUGUCUAUAUAUAAAUAAAAUACAACAGUAA